CGCAUGCGAAUCCCGCCGAGGCCGGGUGGGGCGGCUGGGUGGGAGCACGGACCCCGCCCCUUCGCGACUCCACGCGUGACGUCGCGGGGGGCGCCGGCCUCCGCCCGGCUGCGAGCGCAUACUCUGCUCUGCUUCCGCCUUGAUUACUUCAGAAAUGAAAUUCAGCAAACAUUUAUUGAGUGGUGCAUGGAGAUGAACACUCGGAGUGAAGAGCCUCGGAUUCCUGUCCUGGCUCUGCCACGCUGACUGGCUGUGUGGCCUUGAACAAGUCCCUUGUCUUCCUGAUGCUUUAACUUCCCUUUGAAUGAAAUGGGUAAGUGCCUUCUUACUGGCAGGCUCUUGUCCAGUUCUCCCUUCCUGUCCUCCAGCAGGCUCUUCCCGGAGGCUCAGACCCCUCUGCUCCCCAUGGGCAGCUGCCAGGCAGGGCACUACCUGCAUCUCUGCCUGGCCCACAACCCACCUCUGGUCUGUGCCACUUUGAUCCUGCUUCUUCUUGGCCUUUCUGGCCUGGGUCUUGGUGGCUUCCUCCUCACUCACAGAACUGACCUGCGCAGCCCUGACAUCCCCCAGGACUGGGUCUCCUUCUUGAGAUCUUUUGGCCAGCUGACCCUGUGCCCCGUGAAUGGGACAGUCACAGGGAAGGGGCGUGGGUCUCAUGUCGUGGGCUUACUGACCACCUUGAACUUUGGAGAUGGUCCAGACAGGAACAAGACCCAGACAUUCCAAGCCCAGGUCCAGGGUAGUCGGAUGGGAUUGAAAGGAUCUUUUGCAGGAGAGCUGGUCCUCGUUACGGCCAGGGUGACCACAGAAAGGACCCCAGGAAUCUGCCUUUAUUUUAGUGCUGCUCCACAAAUCCUGCCCUCCAGCCAGCCACCGAUACCCUGCUCAGAGGAGGGAGCAGGAAAUGCCACCCUGAGCCCUCGAAUGGCUGAGGAGUGUGUCAGUGUCUGGAGCCACGAAGGUCUUGUGCUCACCAAGUUGCUCACCUCGGAGGAGCUGACUCUGUGUGGCUCUCGGCUGCUGGUUUUGGGCUUCUUCCUGAUCCUGUUCUGUGGCCUCUGCUGUCUCACUGCUGCGUGCUUCCAUCCGCGCCGGGAGUCUCACUGGUCUAGAACCCGGCUCUGAGGGCUCUGGCCUAGUUCCCGUCUCGUUCUCAGGUGUGGAUCAACUUCUUGGGCCUUGAUUCUGAGUUGGAAGAGAUGUUACAAAAAGUGGAGAGCUGGAAUAUGGGAGGAAAUAAAAGGCUUUUUUGCUCAGUG